CCUGCAUAUCCUUGGGCCUUCGCCACCGGAUUUUCAGUCAGAUUAGGAGCGGCGCAAUUCAUCCAUAAAAUUUUUUAAUUGGAUUUUGGCUUAAAGCAACUAUGGCUGAACUAAACCUGGGUAUACUGAUAGAUGUUGUGGAUGAAGAAUGGAUGAAAGACACUCUUCCUGAUGAUGAUCUUCCCCUGCCGCCAAUGCUGGUUAUAAGGACUGAUGACACAGAGGAUUCAAGUAUGUCUUAUCAUUCUCAACAUUAUCUGUUUAAAAUGAUACCAUUAUACCGAUGCGAUAUGGAAAAAAACAUAUCUUCAUUCCAUGACCAUGAUUCUGCCAGAUGGCACUGUUUCCUUUUGGAAGCUUGAUUAGCUCUUUAUUUUCUUUCUGGUUAGCUAUACUUGAUACAGUAAUAAGUACGUGAGGAUAUUCUAGUGUUCAGGAACCGUCAGGGAAAUCAGUUGCGGUUUGCUUAUCUGAAAAUAUUUAGGAGGAAAAUGAACUAUAAGACUAGUUUGAGUAUCAUUGUUUGUAUUGCCAUGGCUUAUGCAUGUUAUGUUGGUUUACUCCAACUAUAAGAAAACUAAGUCAGGGAUAAAUCCAGAGAUGUGAAAGGGAUUUUCGACUUUGAGCACUAUAAUUCAAUCAUUAUUGCUAUCCAGAAAAUAUUUUAUUCUGCUUACUUAU